GCGCGCCGCCGGCGUUACCGCGGCCGCACGCUUUGCGGAGCUGACGUGCGGAAAUCGCGACAGCGCCGCAAACUGCGCGGUGGUGGUCGCGGCGGCGGUGGAGUUAUUAGGCCGGUGGCAGGCGGGCGUUGAGUUUGGCUUGGUGCUCGACGGGGUGCGCGAUAGUGGGCACCGUGGCGGAGCGGUCCUGGACACCCACGAAACAAAGAAACACCAUGGAACCUGUUCAGAGAAAACAUCAAACACCCAACGCGCAAAAAAAGAACUAAUUGCGCAAAUGGCAAAAAACAGCGAAAAACGCAGAAUAUAAAACAUCAAAAAGGCAGAUAUCCAACUCGAAUUUUAAAAUUCUACGGAUUCACCUAACCUCUGGCUCUUUGCUUAAGUUUGGACUUAAGUGUAUCCACAGCCACUAUUCUAUGAUAAGCCUAAGGUUUUGGAGGACGAAUUUGUGGGUGAAUGUAAAAUCAAGGAUGGCUAGCUGCGGGAACAUUGAUCACGCAUCAAACAUGCUUCCAGGAGGACGGAAGUUAAGUGACUCCUGCUCAAGUACUACACCAACCCUGACUGUACCAGAAUGUGCUAUUUGCCUGCAGACUUGUGUUCACCCUGUGAAACUGCCUUGCAAACAUAUCUUCUGUUUCCUGUGUGUGAAAGGAGCAUCGUGGCAAAGCAGACGGUGUGCCCUUUGUCGGCAGGAAAUCCCCGAAGACUUCCUAGACAAGCCCGCUUUGCUGUCCCCUGAAGAGCUGAAGGCAGCGAGCCGAGGCAAUGGCGAGUACGCCUGGUACUACGAAGGCACGAAUGGCUGGUGGCAGUACGAUGAACGCACAAGCAUGGAGCUGGAAGACGCUCAUGUAAAAGGCAAGAAGACGAUCGAGAUGCUGAUCGCUGGGUAUUUGUACGUGGCAGACUUGGAGAACAUGAUUCAGUUCAGGCGUAACGAGCACGGCCGGCGCCGAAAGAUGAAGCGAGAUGUCGCAGAUAUUCCCAAGAAGGGGGUAGCAGGUCUCCGGUUAGACUGUGACUCCGGUUCGCUGACUUCAGAAAGGGAGAAUUCUGCCGAUGGAGCAGAUAGCACCGCUGGUGUUGGACCUGCGCCAGCGUCAACGCAGCCGACGGCCAGACAGGCACCCUCCGUAGCUGACCAGCCAGAGAGCCCGCUCACCCCUUCCCCAGAUGUCAACGUGCUGCUUGUGAACUCACUCGCUCAGUUGCAGCUCAGUAGCCACAGGGUGAGCCGGAAUCACAGAGGUGAGGGGGAGGAGCAGAGUGCGGCCAGGGUGUCGUAUGAUAACACAGAGUCAGCCACGAGCACUGACGCAGAGGACGAGAAUGCCGGCCUGCUCCAGGAAUCCACAGCCAUUGCCCUCAGUGGGCAAAUACUCGUUUCUCCAACCAAUGAGCGGGAAAAUGAGAUACCAGGUGGUGAGCCAUCCCCAGAAGGAGCAACAAGCAAUGGUCUCAGAGCCAGGGAGCAGCACCCUGAUGGACAGUGCACUGUGACAGAAGUCUAGACAUUUUCAACUUCAAUUCUUAAAAGAACUUAAGGGCAAAUGAGGAAUGUAGAAUUUCUCAGCCAGAAUUGCACUCGUUUAAAAUCAGAACUAAUUUUUAAUUUCCAUCAUUUAGGCAAGGUUGCCUUUUUCCUUUUUGCAAUUCGUAGGUUUCUUUAUGUAGAAAUUGCACGUGAUUGUGGUAACAUUAAAUUUACUUUUGUGUUUUAAUAUUUGUGUUGAAUUUCAAAAUGACUCACUCCCUUUGCAUGUGGUGUGUUAACUGUGACAUCUGAGCUCAUCGCAAACACCAGUUGUGCUGGAGGCCUUUUGUUCUCCUUUGUAAAAUGCCUCUUGUGAAUAAAAGUCAUUUUCCUGUGAAAGUUAACUGGUUCUAUCAGACAAAGAAAUUUGGUUUUUUUUUCUCAUUAUGUAGCCAAAGCUAGAAUCAUUGUUUUCCCUCGUUUUGUUUAAUUUAGUUAGAAGAUACAUUACUACAAUUCCCUUAAAAUGUAAUUGAGGCUGGUAGUAGGUGUACAAAUAAUAUUAUGGACAUGAUUGACAUUCAGUGAAGUGUUAAACAAAUAGAAACAAGUAGUUGAAUUCAAGUUUACAUGAUUCUGACUACAAUAACAGUCAAAUAAAGCUCAAGGUUUUUCUUAGUCAUUGU